CUCUCCGCACGCCCAGCCAUGUCGAUCAAGCUCGCCACGCGCUCCCUGUGUCCCUUCCUCUACCCGCUGCCCACCCACAGCCUGCGCACGCUGAGCAGCUGUCGCGGCGCGGCGUCCGGCAGCGCACGCGCGUCCAGCAGCAGCAGCAGCAGCGGCGGCGGCGGCAGUGGCGCAAGCACGCGCCGGCGCUUCACCGCCUCGGCCUCGGCGCUGCGCCCGCCCGCGGCGUCGCCCGACGUUGUUUCGCGUGCGUCUGCAGACGCAGCUCAACAGUGGCCGCCGUCGCUGUCCAGCGCUCGCUCGGCACUCCCCGGCGCAGCAGACGUCAUCGAGACGGCCGCGCCCGCGCCGGAGGAGACGGCCGCGGCGGCGGCAAUGGGCGGCGCCGGCGCGCCUUCUUCCGCCGCACCUGCAGCAGCACGCGCACCUGAAGCUGCGGCGUCCUCCUCCUCCUCCUCCUCCUCGCCAGCAGCGGCUGCGGCAGCGGCAGAGGCGUGCGCCACGCUCUCGCCCUCCUCGCCGUCGGCGCCGCGCUCACAACGCAGCGCCGCCUCUGUCUUGGCCGAGCAGCCAGCGGCUUCUCCUGCUGCUGCCGCUGCUGCUGCGCCCGCACCGCCAGUGGGCCCCGAGGACGCCGGUACGGCAGAGAUGAAGCCUGCGCCGGCCAAGAAGGCGCGCGCCUCGGCCUUCAAGCCGCGCAAGAGCGCCUUGACGCUGACGCCCACGGCCGUUGAGCGCCUCACGGCGCUCCUCGCGUCGCCUUCGGGCCCCAAGCUGAUCCGCAUCGGCGUGCGCAACAAGGGCUGCGCCGGCAUGUCGUACCACCUCGAAUACGUGCGCCCGGAAGAGGCGGGCCGCUUCGACGAGCGCGUCAAGCAGGACGGCGUUGAGGUGCUGAUCGACAGCAAGGCGCUGUUUAGCAUCAUCGGCUCGGAGAUGGACUGGCAAGAAGACCGUCUCUCGGCCAAGUUCGUCUUCAACAACCCCAACGUCACCGAGGCGUGCGGCUGCGGCGAGAGCUGGACGACGGUGUGAUUGUGCGCAG